AUGUCGCGAGUUAUCCCAAAACGCGAUAAGAAGAGACCUCAGGAUCGAAAUGCGCAACGCGCUACUCGCCAACGCACCAAGGACUGCCUGGCACUGCUGGAGCUCCAAGUCUCGCAGCUGCAAGGCGGCGCAGACAAGGCGCUUUCAGAUGAGCUCAGGCAGAUGCGCAAAGAGCGCGACGAAUUGGGCACACUAGCUGAUGAUCUAGUUACUAUCGCAGAAGCAACAAAAUCAGCAUUGGAGUCCAGCAAUAAUGAAGCCGCCCAGACAUAG